AUGGAUCCUCCGCAAGGGAAAGCUAGAGGCAGAGGUAGGGCCAGAGGGGCCGGUAGAGCCAGAGGGGCAGGUGGGGCCAGAGGCAGAGGUAGGGCACCACCUGUGGAUGAUUUCUUUGAGGAGGAGAUGGUGUUAGACGUGCCAGUGCCAGUUGCAGUAGAUGAUGGUCUACGAUUGGCCAGGCUGGCUCAGGGUAUUAUCAGGUUAGGAGCGCCUUCCUUUCUUAGAGGUACGGACAACCUUGUAGCGGAUCACUGGAUAGAGGGCAUGGAGACAUACUUUACCCUUAUCACGUGCACGGAGAUUGAGAAGAUGCGUAUUGCUACGUUUCUUCUCAAGGAUGAGGCACGAGUAUGGUGGAGCGGGGUAGAGAGAGCUAGAGAUGUGACCGCUUUGUCUUGGGAGGGGUUCAAACAGCUUUUUCGGGAGAAGUAUUUUCCUGAUACUGUGAGGGAGCAGUUGGAGUUGGAGUUCAUAGCCCUAGUGCAGGGCUUGAUGAGUGUCAGGGACUAUGAGGCACGUUUUCUCAGCUGGAAGGCCAUUGCAGGGGGUAGUGGCACUGAGGGUCAUCAUGGUGCGUUUGGGAAGAGGCAGUGGACUGAUCAGCAGGCUCUAGCUACAGUGCCAGCUGCACCUAUCCAACAGGCAGAGCCUUUGAGAUGCUACCGUUGCAAUGGGUUGGGUCAUAUUUUGAAGGAGUGCAUCAAGCGGAAGACUCAAGCUUGCUAUAGUUGUGGGCAAGUGGGGCACCUUGCUAGGGAGUGUACUCAACCUCAGGAGGACAGGCAGGGAUACCAGCAGAGGCAGUUGCCUCCGACCCAGUAG